AUGAAUACAGAUGCUCUUGUUUAUUCAGCUGCUAGGGCCCAAAAAGUUCCAGGGAAGGGUGGAAGGAACCACACGGAAUUGAAAGUGACUACACAACAUGACAACUCUUUGAUGGGUAUGUGUGAGGACCAGACGUUGAAAAUAGUCUGCGUCUAUGAGCUAUGGCUAGAGGGCCUCGUAGGGAACAGACCUAGUGAUGUAUGUUACGGGGUAACAACGAAUCGAGCGAACUCUAUCGAGUUCGACGGAUUAGGAUGGAGGAAAGCGGGAGUUGGAGGCAGUGCUGCAGUAGGUAGGGACGGGUUUUCCCCUUUCGAGAUUUUCCCCACUGGGUUUGCUCAAAGCGGUUUUUCACCUGUCCAAAGGAGACACGAUCCAUUAGCACCAGAUUCUCUAGAUUUCCACGAGACAUCCAUCGAGUUCGACCCAACCUGCGACCUAGUCAUCGUGUUUCCAGUACCGUUACAAGUUGAAGAAUCAGCCUUACGCACCUUGGGUCGAAUCGGAGAGUACUGUAUGCUCACCAGAGGGAAAGCGCGGAAAAUGAUACCAGAAAAAGAGGAGUUGGAACAAGGGCUGGUCCCAGAGGAAGAAAUACCAACAAGUUCUUCGAGAAGUACCAUUUCACAUGAUCUCACUUCUACCACCACUACCCCAGACCCGCUGAAUGAACUAUCGCAGCAGUUGUCACAAUUGUUAGCCAUUAUGACGAUGCAACAAAAGGAACAAAAUGCAUUAAGGGAAGAACUGGAUACGAUGAAAGCUGACCGACAGAACCAACAGCUACUCACAUCGAAAGGGGCAAGUUCGAUCGAAAUCGAAGAAAACAAGCCGUAUUUGGAGCCAAAACUUACCAACAACGAACGAACAGGAAGAACCAGGUGUGCGGAUCCACUGUAA